AUGGCCGAGCAAGAGAGAAAAAGCUCUGAUAAUUCCACCGCAGCGUGUACAGAAUCAAGCGGUGAUACCACUAGCAAGUACGUCGACAGUUAACUCAGAUGUUAUUUUAGCAUUUAGAGCUUCGAUUGAGACUUUUUGCUGUUAUUUUGUAGGUUUGAUCGCCUUGUGUUAUUACAUUUCUUCAUUGUAUUUGUUUCGAGUUUUGCCUUGGGUUUGCUGUUUUUACAUUCUUCCCUAACUUUUUGGAGACUACAGGUAUGUACGUAACCGCUCAUUUUUCAAGUUCAUUCUAGUUAUUAAAAUGAAACUAUCAAACUGUAUGUCGAAAUCAAGUUUAGAUGCGCAUGCAUUCUUCCGCUUUCACUUAGUCGCCGAUUUGUGGUUGCGAUUUUGGAAAUUUGGAAUUGGUUCCUCUUGAAUGACUUUCAAAAUCAUUUAAUUGCUAAGGUUACGCGUAGAUAUGACAUCUUUCAAAUAAUAUAUAUAUAUUUUUUUCUCCGGGACUGGAAUUCCAUUCAUAACAUUGAAUGGGAUUAAUUCUCUGCCAUCGUGUAAAGGACGUUGCACGUAGCACGCGUUUCGUGCCAUUCGAAUGUUCGUGACUUGUUACUGUACCCUGCAAGCAGGUCUCAUCUUGGAAAGGAUUUUACACUGUGAAUUUACGAAGUUGUUCGCACCCUAUCCUGCUCGUCGCUCGUGGCCCUUAGGACAAUCCCCAGAAGCACGAACUGAACAUGGUUCACUCUAAAAGCCCUCCCAGGUUUCAAAGAAACUAUCUACUAGCUUAAGGUUGGGUCCUAAUGGUGGUUAGAGGGGACAUUCGAUCCCCAUAAUAAAGUCCAGAUCCAAAUUUCUCUUUGUAAAAUCCUUAGAGAAAAUAGUACAAUGCAAAGGUUCUGCCAAAAAGGUUUCAUUCAAGUGAAAACACUACGGGAGUUUGUUCACAGAUUUUUAAAAAGAGUUCUGUAUGAUGAAUCAACUGUGGAUGUCCAUCUUAGAGAGGUUUGAGUCUUUCAGUGGUGUCCUUAAGUGACAGUUGACUGUAACUCAAGUCUGUUUAGAUGCCAUCAAACAGUGCUCAACAAACUCUCUUUUGAACAUGCAGAAAAAAAAUUUAGAUGAUUCAAUAAUGCUGGAUUAAGUGUGGCUGCACAUUCUAUACUUUAGAUAUCCAAAUAGGGGCUUGCUAGGCAGCGUGCAAAGAAAGUCGUGUCCGAUAGCCCAGGGCUAGUGGAUUUUGCUAUUGGGCUAGUGGUUUUUGUUCUUAACUUGCCUGACGGGCAGGUGCUGUUUUGGGGGGAAAUUCAAAUUACAGAAGGAUUGUAAUCAAUCCUGCUAAUCAAAAAGGGUUUGGGGGCUAGUUGAAAUGACUUGUGGGCUAGUACAUGCUAGCUACAGCUUGCCCGAAUGGCAGGCUGUAAAACUGACUUUCUUUGCACCCUGCUAGGUUAUGGAAUGAACACGAUUUUCAUUUAAAUUUUCUUGCCAGCCAAUAAGUGUGUAAUUGUGCUUUCAGAUACAUGAAGAGAGUGGAUUUUUUGACAACACACUGGAGAGUAGCAGUCAUUAUAUUCCAAAGAAUGACAUUGUCAAUGUUGUUACAUACAAUGCUAACUCAAGCUUUUCCCUGGUGAGGUGACACAAAGCAUACCAAGAAAAAUUGUGGAACAGAUUAUAACUGAUAGAGAACAGCCAUCUAACUUGCUCUGAAGUGUCAAAGUGAUCAAUGAAGGCACAUUAAUUUGUACAGUCUUCCCUGGCAUGGUCAUGUAGAAACUAGAGUACAAGGUGACAAAGUGUGAACACUUUCUAGUUAUAGUCGGUAGAUCACUUACUUAAAAACGUGACAUAUCUCCAAGGCUGUUAUUGAGGGAAAAAAUGUAGUAGGAGAAAUUUACUUGUAUAAAGUUACCACCCUUAUAAUUAACAACCCUGUGUUGGUACAAGACAUAGUCUUCAGACAUGUUGAUCCUGUACAGCAACAGUACCAAAAACUGCUGUAGCGCUGUUCACUUAUUGCAUAAGCUCGUCACCCCCCCCCCCCCCCUUCCCAUCCCAGUUAUAGGUACCCUGCAAGCAGUGGUUUCUCCAGGCCGGACGCUAGGCUACGAAGGGAGAGAAACUGGUUUCUCUCCCUUCAUAGUGUACCGUCCGGCCUGGAGAAACCACUGCUCAUAGGGUAAGUUAUAGGCCUAUCUACCUGUAAAUAAUUAACAAUUAUUCCUUGAGCCCGAAUGGGCUAUUAACUCAGAGGCCAUAAGGGCGAGAGAAAUAAUUGUUUUAGUAAAAUCCAGCAAGUUGGUCAAAAAUAUCGAGAAUGAAGACAUUUUAGCUAGUUAAAGCUAGACUUUAAUCCUUUUUUGCUGCCAAAAAGCCCGCACUUUUUGCUACUAGUGAGCUAUAACAUAUAGCCAAGUAGUAGCUCAACCAAUCAGAAUGCAGCAUUGAUAAUAGACCACUAGUUGGAUUUUGCUAAAACAAUGUAUCCAAUAUAAGAUAUAGGAUUUAUUUUGACAUUUUGAAGCAGUGAAUACAAAACGUAUUUUGAUCAGCACUGCUCACAGGAAAAAAUAACGGAUUCCCAUUUUUGGAUAUUUUAGGGUAUUUAAAGAAUACCCACAAAAAUCCCAAAUUUGGAAGAGUGAGACAAGUCCCAAUCAGGGAACUUGGUUGGGAAUUCCCUGUUUGGGACUUGUCUCACUUUGCCAAAUUUGGGAUUUUUAUGGGUAUUCUUUAAAUACCCUAAAAUAUCCAGAAAUGGGAAUCCGUUAUUUUUUCCUGUGGCGUUAUAGCUUGCUUUGAAGUCAUUAUCUAUUCCGGUUAUAUAAGCCCCCUCAGAUAUGAGCCCCUCUGGCCAUUUAUAGGCCCUCCUAAGACCCCUUACAAAAAAUAAUGUACAAGUGCAGGGCUUAUAAGCGGCAGUCUGCAGUAUUUUUAGAACUUUUGACAGUUAUGAUUUAAUGUGCCACACAUGCAUCAAUCAUCAUUUCACUGUUAUGCUUAGAUCUUAGAAAUGCAGUUUGCAGUUCUAACCUGUACUUGUCUUUUCUGUUUCUGGGUCAAAUCCUCAAGUACGAGUUCCAGAUCAAAACAUUUUACUGACACAGGCAACAUUUACUCUUGUCUGCAAAUACAUUAAUUUAACUCACCUACAUAAUUCAAUAUUUAAAACAUUUAUUUGUUGGUGCUCCUAGCUUCAUAAGGAAAGUCAAAAACAAGUGACUGCCGAUAUCAAAUUUAUAGUAGAUAGAGUUUACUAGUUAAGAGAAUUUGCCUCUGCUAUCUUGGGGACCCUGUGUGUAUUGUCACUUUGGGCUCCCUCGGAUAGGAUGCAGUUGUUCGGGGACACAUGAGGCAAAAUUCUCUGAGACAGCCAUCUAAAAGUGGGUGAUGAUACCCUUCUGCAACAGACUGUGGUCUCUUGUUAUCCCACCUCCUCCCCCCCCCCAAAAAAAAAAUGAAAAAGAAAAAGUUAAUUGGCAAUAAUUAUAUUUUAAAUGUGGGAUUUUUCAUAGACGUUGAUUUUUGCUAGCUAAAAACACAGGAAGAGAAAGGGAUCAAAUUAUUUACGUUAAAUUAGUAAAGACUCCAUUCAUUGCAUCUCCUCUGUUAUGUACAAUGUACAUAAGAUUGAUUAAGUAGAACACUGAAUUAAUAUAAACAAUAGCACAGUUGUAAUUAGUGUUCAUGUUGAAUCAAAGAAAAUAAGACAGUGAAUAUUCCCUCUAAAAAUAGUUGCACCUAAAUGAGGAUUUAUUAUAAAAUUAUUAUUUCUAGGUUGGGUGUGGUAACUUUUUUUUACUAAAAGAUGUAAUAAUAAGAAGCUGCAAUCAGAUAAACACAAGUUCUCACACAGUGUAGAAUCUUUUGAUAAAUAUGCCAUAAAUCUGCUUUACUGCGACAGUGUGCAAAGAAAGUCGUGUCCAAUAGCCCAGGGCUCUUGGAUUUUGCUAUCAGGCUAGUGAAUUCUGUUCUUAACUUGCCCGACAGGCCAGUGAAGUUUUGGGGGGAAUUUAAAUAAUUAUUACAGAAGAACUUUAAUCAAUCAUGCUAUUAAAAUCAAAAAAUAUUAUUUUAGGGGGGCAGGUCAAGAUGACAGUUUGGCUAGUACAUGCUAGCUUCAGCUUGCCCAAAAGGAAAGCUGUACAACUGACUGUCUUUGUAUCCUGCUGCCAGUUUCGUUGAUGCAGGGGUGAGUUUUAAGCAAACAAUAAUUUUGCUGCUCUAAUUCUGCAAAUAACAAAAAUACUGUGAGACGACCUGACCAUAAAGCAAUUCAUUUUUCUUUGAGUUGCUUGGAACUGAAAAAAUGUGAUUGUACCUCAAAAAAAAUUUCAAUAUCACUCUUAGUGGUAGAAGUAAUAAUAAGGUGACUCAAAAAAUCUACUAUUCUAUUUUAAGUUAAUAUUUAUUUAUCAUUGUUGACUAAUAUGUUAACACUGCAGUACAGUAAUGUUGUGCC